GGCUGGCAGCGGCGGCGGGCCGGGCGCGCACUGCCGGGAUGGAGGGCGAGCGCCUGGCCGCUCAGGCGCGCUCCUCCGGCCUCCCGGCUGGGGGCGCCACGGGGGAGAGCCCGGGGGUCGACGCCCCCCUCCUGGGCAGCGGCGGCCCCGCUGCCCUGCUGCAGGCCGAGGUGCUGGAUCUGGACGAGGACGAGGACGACCUGGAGGUGUUCAGUAAGGAUGCCUCACUGAUGGACAUGAAUUCCUUCAGCCCUAUGAUGCCAACAUCCCCUCUGUCAAUGAUAAAUCAAGUCAAGUUUGAAGAUGAGCCAGAUUUGAAAGAUCUCUUCAUUACAGUUGAUGAACCUGAAAGCCAUGUUACUACAAUCGAAACUUUCAUUACUUACAGGAUUAUUACUAAGACAUCUCGUGGGGAAUUUGACUCCAGUGAAUUUGAAGUUAGGAGACGUUAUCAAGAUUUCCUUUGGUUGAAAGGAAAACUUGAAGAAGCACACCCCACUCUGAUUAUUCCACCGUUGCCUGAGAAGUUUAUCGUGAAAGGAAUGGUGGAACGCUUUAAUGAUGACUUCAUCGAGACACGCAGGAAGGCACUGCAGAAAUUCCUGAACCGAAUUGCUGAUCAUCCAACUUUAACAUUUAAUGAAGACUUCAAAGUGUUUCUUACUGCACAAGCUUGGGAACUGUCUUCUCACAAGAAGCAAGGGCCUGGAUUGCUCAGCAGGAUGGGGCAGACAGUCAGAGCUGUCGCGUUAUCAAUGAGAGGAGCGAAAAGCCGCCCGGAGGAGUUCAUGGAAAUGAAUAACUUUAUUGAAAUAUUUAGCCAGAAAAUAAAUUUGAUAGAUAAAAUAUCUCAGAGAAUUUACAAGGAAGAAAGGGAAUAUUCUGAUGAAAUGAAAGAAUACGGCCCGAUUCAUGUUUUGUGGUCAGCCUCAGAAGAAGAUCUGGUUGAUAGCCUAAAAGGGGUUGCCAGAUGCCUUGACCAAUGCUGUCAGGCCACUGAGAAACGGAUGUCUGGACUCUCAGAGGCCCUGCUUCCUGCUGUACAUGAGUAUGUGCUUUACAGUGAAAUGGUAAUGGGUGUUAUGAAAAGGAGAGACCAAAUACAAGCAGAACUGGAUUCCAAAGUGGAAGCUUUGACGUAUAAAAAGGCAGAUACUGAUCUGCUUACAGAAGAGAUUGGAAAACUUGAAGAUAAAGUGGAAUGUGCUAAUAAUGCCCUGAAAGCAGAUUGGGAAAGAUGGAAACACAAUAUGCAAAAUGAUAUCAAGUCAGCAUUUACAGAUAUGGCUGAGGAGAAUAUCCACUAUUAUGAACAGUAAAAGGAACAAAUCGUGGAUUUCUUACAACUGCAGAAUGACUAGAGGCACCUGGUAGGUAUAGUAUGACUUCACAAUUUUCUGUCUGUAACACCAUCAUUCAUCAGGUCCCUGAAGCUUAAGCUUUUGACAUAUUGUUUUAUUUCUGUCAUCUGGCAGAUGUACUUCAUUUAGACAUCUACAAUCAAGACAUUUGAUAACCAGAUCUUAAUAAUAUCUCAAUCAACCUUUGUCAUAUGAGAAAAGAAAAGCUCAAAGGAGUAUAAUGACUCUGAGUUGCUUGCCCUCUGUAUUUUGUAAAAAUUAAUAAAAGGAAACCUCAUUUAAGAUGAAGUCUGGGGACCAGAAGGGGUAGCUUUCAUGCCCUACAACUUGUCAUCAACUGCAGACCCAACAGGAAGAGACAUACCUUGCAAGUAGAUAGUGCUUUAGUUACAAUGUUACUGUUCCAGCAGGAGGAAGAAAGGUUUCUCUGCUCAACCAGGCAACAGCCCAGCCAAUGAGAGACUGCCAUAACUCAGCCAAUGAAAAGCCACUAUCCUUUGAACUCCCAGUUUACUUCAAAAGGCUUUUUGUUUAUAAUAGCCUUCCCAACUUCCCCCUUUUCCUCUAUAAAAGAGUGUUCCUCUCCUUUGUUCUCCAGACUGCUCUAUGGUUUUGCAGUAGCUUGUUUGUUCCAGAGUGUAAUUCUCUGCUAUUCCUGAAUAAAUCUUUUUUUUUUCCUGGUAAAAUACUGGCAGUUUUAUUUUUAAGGUUAACAAUUUCAUCACUCCUUCCAUACUCUCAUUAACAGAAAAUCAGGUCUUUGUCACAUCAUUCCUGGAUUUUAGCAGCAUUCCCCCCUUAAUAUUUUACUCCCUUGCAGGCUCUCUCCCCAUAGUCUCCAAACCACAAUUUUCUGACUCAUUUCAUCCUGGCAGAGUUUUCUUUGGGUCACAUUAAAAUCAGACAAUUAAGGGCAAUGCACUGUAGUUUUCUACAGUCAAACUAAUUUAGUUUAUGAAUUGUUUAGAAACAGGGUCUUUGUUAAAGUCAUAAAUGUGCCUCUUCUUUUAUGAGGUAUUGGAAAUGCAAUGCCCUUAACUUGGUAAAAUAAAAGUUUAGCUGUAAUCCUUUAUUUCUUUGUCAACGGAACUGGACCACAGGGUGCCCAGAUAGUUGGUCAGAUAUUAUUCUAGGUGUUUCCACGAAAGUGUUUUUGAUGAGAUUAAUGCCUAAAUCCAUAGACUGAGUUAAGCAGAUUGCCCUCCUUAAAGUAAGUUGGUCCUCAUCCAAUCAGUUGACUGCCUAGAUAGAAUAGCAAAACUAAGAGAAGAACUCCUGCUGCCUGGCUGUCUUCAAACUGGGAUAUUGCCUUUUUUCAUGCCUUUGUAUUCAAACUGAAACAUUGAGUCUUCCUGGGUCUCCAGCUUGCCAACUGCAGAUUGGGACUUAUCAGCUUCCAUAAUGUAUGAGCCAGUUCCUUAUAAUACACUCUCUCUGUGUGUGUGUCUCUCUCUCUUUCUCUCCAUACACACGUACACAUGUAUUGGUUCUGUUUCUCUGGAGAACCCUGACUGAUACACCAUCACUUUGUCUUCGCUUAUUUUUUUAAAACUUUCACUAGUCGGUGAAAUCCAAAAGCCCAGAAUCUAUGCUCUGCUCCAUCCUACUUGAUCAAUCUGAAUCUAUUCCUUUAAGUCUAUUGUUUCUGCCUUAAGCCCCUCAGGGCCUACGCUUGUGCAUUCAGAGUUUUCUUUGCUGGCCGACUGUAUCAUCUCAUUCUUGUGGCCGUUAGUGCCUCUACAGUCUAAAUGAAGUUGAGAAGAUGCUAAAUAGUACAAUAGAAGGAGACAUUUUGAUUGGUAUUCCAAUAUAUUGUCCCACUAUAUGAUUAAUUAUAUUAAAAGAAGAGGUAUGAUCUUUUCAGGUAUUCCAAACCUAUCAGAAGCAUAAAUUAAGUGCAAUUUUAAGAGCUUAUUAAUAAUAGUUACCAGUUAUUAAGUCCUUUUUAUUUGUCAGGCAAGCUUGGUUAUGAUUUCCUUGCAUUUUCUCAUUCCUACCAAUUCAGAUCCAGAGGUACUAUGAUCUCUAUUGUUCAGGGGCAGACUGGAUCUUAGAAAAAUUAAUUUAUCCAUUACGAUCAAGUUAGGAAAUAAUGAAACAAGGAUAACCCAGGUCUCCUCUCAAUGGCCUUGUGUCCUAUACCACUGCUUCUCAAAAUUUAAUGUACGUUAGAAUCACCUGGGGAUCUUGUCAACAAGCAGAUUCUGAUUCAGUGGGUCCAAAUGGGGUCUGGGGUUCUGUAUUUCUAACAAGCUCAGAGGGGAUAUUGAUGCUUCCAGUCCAAAGACUACAUUUUUAAUUGCCAAGGUUAUAUCAUUCCUGGAAAGGUGCACACUGUGAGAAUGUAUUACAUGAUGUAUAUAAAAUCCUCUGAGGCUUAAAGUCAUACUUUGGUCUGGCUCUAUUACUUACAGUUCUGUGAUCUUAGGAAAGUUAAUUUCCUUUACCUGUUCUAGAGAAAAACUAAUAAUAGGGCACCUGGGUGGCUCAGUUGGUUAAGCGACUUCCUUCAGCUCAGGUCAUGAUCCCAGGGUCCUGGGAUCGAGUCCCACAUCGGGCUCCCGGCUCAGCGGGGAGCCUGCUUCUCCCUCUGACCCUCUCCUCUCUCAUGCUGUUUCUCUCUCGCUCGCUCUCUAAUAAAUAAAUAAAAUCUUAAAAAAAAAGAAAAACUAAUAAUAAUACCUAAUUAAUAUCGCAUUGCAUAAAAUAAUGUAUGUAAAGAAAGGUCAGUAUAUACUCAGGGCACAGGUUAAGCAUAAAAAAUAAAAGGGGCGUAGGAGGAUAUAAUUAUUUUCCAGAGAGAUCCAUCUUACAGCAUAGGCUUCUUCCUAAAUGGGAAAAUCAAUUUCACUACUACAUAAUCUAAAAUAGAAACAUGCAACUAUUAGGCACUGACAAACCCACAAGUACUAUACUAAUCAAGACAACAUUCCCAAUUUCUAGCUUUCUGUUUUUUUAACCAGAUGUAGGGUUAUAGCAGUGUGAUCCAUGAGCAACCUAAAUUCAGAGAGAAAUAAAAGUUAUCUGGAAACAUUCUUUCUGGCAACCCAAUUCUGACAUCUAGCUUAUAAAUGUAGAAAUAAUGUUCUUGUGUGUCUAAUAAUGGCUUUAGAUAAACUCUUAGAUUGUUAGAGGUAGAAUUAAAUUCUGAGCAUACUGUAAAAAGAAAAAAAGGCAUUUAGCAUUUAAAAUUCUGAGCUUGCUAGUUAAGUAUUCUAGGCCCCAAUUUCCCAUCUGUGGAAAGGGGGAAUUAAUCUGCCAAGAUCUACAUGGCUGGGAAGUACAAGAAUAAAUUAUACACAGCUGACUUUGACUACUUUCUUAAAAAAAAAGUAUUAAAUUUUACAUCAGCUCCCCCUGGUUACCCCCAAAUACUUAAAACUUACAGUUCAUCCAUGAAUUUAGGAUAUCCUGAGAUAAGGCAAGCUAAUGGUCAUCGCUGCUAAGGUAUAUUACAGUAGGAAAGAUUCAGAAUGUGAUGCAUAGGUGUGAAUAUAAAUAGAUAUACAUACAUAUUUAAGUUCAUAUUUAUGUACAUGGGUGUGUGUGUGUAUGCUUGUGUGGUGUGUGAAUUAUGGAGUAAUUGGUGGAAAGACAUAUGAAUUAAAAAUCAUUGGAGCUGGAAGCCAACUGCAUGGGUACUACUGCUUAUCUUCCUCCCUUUCCUCAUGUAUUACUAUUCCUCCAGGUUUGAAAGUGUAUUUAUGUUGAUGUUCAUAAGGUUACUGAACAAUGAGAUCCUUUAAAAUGGACAACUGUUUGUGUGUGCUUGCUGCCACGUUUGCAUGUGUAAUCCUUUAAGGCUAUAAAUGCAUAUGUGGGAGAGGGAAAAAUUGAACUUCCACAGUUCCUGUUUAUAUUUCUCUUAUUGUAAAGUCAUGGAGAUUGAAGAGCUUGUUUGUAUUUUUUUUUCUAAAACAUGACAUCUUUUGAUAAGAUCAGAAGAACAAUGCUUUCUCAUUUUAAGAGAAAUCAUCCCAGAACAUGCAAUUUAAAUAGCUAAUCAGAGCUGGUUAAAUGAGGCAUUUGAUAAUUAUGCAUAAAAGAUUUUCUCUUCCUACUUGAAGUAUUAUGAUUACUGAUGUUAAAAUUAAAUUAUUUUUGCUUUUAAGUGGUUUUUUUGAACAAUCUGAGAUUCUACAAUCUUUUGAAACACUUUGCGUUCAAAUAUCAUAUAUAUGCAUCCAUUUAUGCAGUAACUCACUAAUUCCAUAAAUAUUCCACUGCUAAUAGGUGCCAGACACCUUCAUCUGUUGUCAUAAGCAAUAUGGUAAAUAAAAUAAACCUAACCUGCCCUCAGUAAGCUAAAAGUCUAAUGAGGAGACAGGCACCAUACAUAAAUAAUGAAUAAAUCUCAAUUGAUGCAUGCAUCAGUCUCAGGAUUGGCUGAUGCGGAAGUUAUAGAGGCUGGAGAGAGAUGUAGCUGGAGAAAUGAACUCAGUCACAGAAAAUCCAGCAAUUCGGACUUGAUUCAGGCUGGUAUCCACAUCCAAAUUGGUCCCAUUCCACAGAGGAAGUAUUAGAAGCUGGAGGCUUCAUCAGAGGAAUAACUGCAUGCCAAUUCCAGGAGAUCAGCCGAGGUAUGAAGGACAGGAUCCUCUCUAUGCGGAAGAGAACUGGCCCAUGUUGGACACUGGACAGGUUCCUAUGUAAGCAGAGGAAUGGAAAGCUAACACAAAGAAGUAGGAUCUAUUUGGAUAUCAGAAAUAGGAUCUAUAUGGCUAUCAGAAGUAGGAAAUUGACUUUACUAGUUUUAAGCAAGGAGGAAUGUAUCCUCACUUAACUAGGAGGUCCAGAAGGAGAAAGUGGUUUAGGAUCAGCUUAAUCAGGCCUCCCUACCUCUGUCUCUCUGUAGACUCUUGUCCCUUGUCUAGUUGGCCUGUCCUCUGCCUGCUUUCCUCACAGCAUGAAAAUGAAGGCUUUUGGUUCACAUUCACCUACACAAUAUCCAGAGGAAGCUAGAAACUGUCUCCUAAAUGUUCUAUUUUUAAGAAUAGGAAAACUCGGGGUGCCUGGGUGGCUCAGUCAGUGAAGUGUCUGACUCUUGAUUUUGGCUCAGGUCAUGAUCUCAGGGUCCUAGGAUCCAGCCCCGUGUCGGGCUCCCACUCAGCUGGGAGUCUGCUUGAGAUUCUCUCUCCCUCUGCCUAUCCCCCCACUUGCUCUCUCUCCCUCUCUCUCAAAUAAAUACAUCAAUCUUUAAAAAAGAAUAGGAAAACUCUUUUCCAUAAUAACCAAUAAACUUUUCCUUGUGUCUCAUUUCUCCAAAUUGGAAUUUAUUCCCAUCUUGAACCAAUCCCAGUGACGUUUUGUUGUACAACAUUUUGCCUAAGCCUGAAUUCCUGAACCAAUCUUAAACAAGGGGAAUGAGAUUACUCUUUUUUAUUUUUAACAUUUUAUUUAUUUUGCUUGAGAUAGAGAGGGCAAGAGAGAGCACAGAGGGAGAGGGGAAGCAGACUCCCCGCCGAACAAGGAGCCUAACCUGGGGCUCAAUCCCAGGAUCCCGGGAUCAUGACCUGAACCGAAGGCAGACGCUUAACAGACUAAGCCACCCACGUGCCCCCAAGGGAAUGAGAUUACUCUUAUUCCAUUUAGCCCACUCCUCGGUUUAUUAUCAAAAUUUGUUUUUCUUUAUUAGCACCGGACCAUUUGAUUAGAUCUUUCUCAAUUUUUUUUUGAAAGUGAAGAGUCAGAUACAAUUUCAUACCCUAGUAUUAGAGAGUAUCCAAUAAUGAGGCAGACUCUAAGACAAAAUGAAAAAUGUCAAAGAUUCAGGUACGAUAUACUUGUAAGAGAUAAAGGGGGAGAGGAGCAGAGAAAGGAAAGGCUUCAGCCUGCACUGCAGAUCUGAACCUGAGAAAGGGGAGGUGGAAGGAAAGGAAACUGGGUCUCAGUUGGAAGGGCCUCAGGAUAUAGCACAGCCCUGAGAAAGUCCUGGGGCCAGGAGGGAGCCCCAGAGCAAGGAUGACUAUAAAAGAGUCCUGCAUUGGCAGAAAUGGCCUGGCUCUAGUCCCCUUACCAGGCUCAGUCAUUGGCUGUGAGCAGCCUGCAGAAAGCAUGACCUCCCCGUGAACAUCACAGUGGAUCCCUGUAUGUGGGGGCUGGAGGAUACCUGCUGACCACACUUCUCAUGGCAGGUUUUCUCUCUUUCUAGGUGACAUACUUAGCUGCUGUCUGUGUAUUUGUCAUACAGUUUGCUUUUCAGCUUCUGGGAAGUAUAGAAAGAUUUUACCGAAACUUAUUCAAUGACAAUUACUACUUCCUUUAUUCUUUCACAUAGAGGCACCUUGUUCUACAGAACAAAGGUUUGGGAAAAUUUUAAUAUUACUAAUUUUAGUAAACCUUUGCCAUUACAAUAAGUUUUGAUAAAGUGCUUUAAUAUUAGGCAUGUUUUAGAAAGAUUUAUUUAUUUAUGUUAGAAAGAGAGAGAGGUGGUGGGGCAGAGGGUAAGGGAGAGGGAGAGAGAGAAUCUCCAGCAGACUCCCCAUUGAGUGUGGAGCCCUACAGGGGGGCUUGAUCUCACAACCCUGAGAUCAUGACCUGAGCCGAAAUCAAGAGUCAGAUGCUUAACAGACUGAGCCACCCAGGUGCCCCUAAUCUUAGGUAUUUUAAAUAUAUUUCUUGUCAAUAGGUAUUUUAAAUAUUUUUUGUCAAAACUUUGGAUUUAUAGACUUAGAUUAUUCAAUUUGUGGAAAAUGCCUGGCAUAUAACCCAAAGUCUGUCUUUAUUUUUCAAUUCAAAGAAAUGUAUAAAUUCAUAUUUUCAUGACAAUCAUUUCCCUUCUGAAUUCUGAGAUAGUUACAGGGAGAGAUAAGUGAUACAUGGGAAGAUGGGUGCAUACAUAAAUAAAUAGAUCAGGCUUGCUGCUACCUUUUCAUUUGGAUAAAAUAAACCAUCACAACCCUCAGCAUUUCUUAUAUGGACUCUUAGCUUUGCUCAUGAAAGACAUUCAUUGCUCACUGGAGCAAUGCAUUCUUUUCUGAUCUUCUGAGAUGGAUAAAUAAAGUCAUUAAACAAAAAUUAAAUAAUCCUACCUUAGCCCAAAUUCCCAGCAUUGAUAAGAAUACAGAAUUUUAAAUUACACACACACACACACACACAUAUAAAUUGUCUGUUCAGUGACCAGUGUCUUUUACCCCUGGGCAAUUAGGCAUAGUAAAAUUCAAGUUGUGUAAGAGAAGGACCUCUCUUUUGUAAAGUGGAAGAAAGUCUACUGGAAAAGGGAAGAUAAGAAAGAAAAUAAGGCAUGACUUAGAAAACAGAGACAUUCUCACAUAGUUUUAGAAAGGACUAUAUUUAGGAGUUAAGUAUCUAGAAAUUGGUUACUAAAAAGAUUACCCGUGCCAGAUUAGCUCUUGAAAAUUUUUCGUCUGCAGCCCUAGGCUAUGAAGACGGCUGGUCUGUAUGAUCAUUCAUGCUUUUUUCCCUGCCCACUCUCAGUUCCAAUCACGAACUUGCCUGUCAUUCUCCAAGCCAAGCACUUAGUACAUGUUCAUGCCUCUGUAAUUUUGCUCAUUUUUUUUUAUACUGAUAAAUUCUUCCCUCCUGCCUUUCAAACUUCUACUCAUCCUUUAAGACUGACCUUAAUAUUACCCCAAAUUUGAUUAAUCUAUUAUCUCCAAGUCACUCUUCCCUUUUUCCUUCCAUGGCAGUUGAUAGCUAGGUUUAUUUAUUUAAUUGUUUUUUAAAAAUCUUUAUUGAGGUAUAAUUGACAAAAUUGUAAGAUAUUUGAAGUGCACAAUGUGAUGACUUGAUAUAUGCAUACAUUGUGAAAGAUUCCCUUCAUUGAGUUAAUUAACACAUCCAUCACCCUACAUAGUUACUCCUUCCUUUGUCUUUUGAUGAGAAAGUGUAAGUUCUCUCUUAGCAAAUUUCAAGUAUGCAAUACAAUGUUAUCAACCAGCCAUCAUGUAUACAUUAUAUUCUCAGACCUUACUCACCUUAAAACUGAAAUUUGUACCUUUUUACCAACCUCUCCCUAUUUCCCCCACCUCCCACCCCUGGCAACUUUUCUACUAUUUCUGUAAGUUUGGUUUUGUUGUUGUUAUUGUUGUUGUUUUUAGAUUCCACAUAUAAGUGAUACCAUGCAGUAGUUUUCUUUCUCUGUCAGGUUCGUUCAUUUUGUCACAAAUGGCAGGAUAUCCUUCUUUUGUAAGGGUGAAUAAUAUUCCAUUACAUAUCUAUCUGUCCAUCUAUCUAUCAUCUAUCUAUCUAUAUCUAUCUAUCUAUCUAUCUAUCUAUCUAUCUAUCUAUCUAUCUAUCUAUUCAUCCAUCCAUCUUUGCUCACUUUGUACAUUGUUGUCUUACAGGGAAACUUAGUCUCAGCACAUGGGCCAGCUUGAGCUACUAAGUCCCUGGGAGUUUUUAAGAUUUUCCUUAUAAUAAAGAAAUUCUCAAAAAUGUUCUCACAUACUUACAUAACUCAAGAAAUAAAUGCCAAUACUUGUUUUUCUCCUUGAACUUACAGCAACUAUUUCUCUCUAAGGCCUGGUACUACCUAGAUAUUAAUUUGCUUGACAAUCUUAAGGGUACUGAUCAACACAUUUAUCACCAAUUAUUAGGUAUUGAUCACCUAGUGGGCUGACUAUGAUCAAAACCUCAGGAGUCCUCACCAUCUAGGUAUGCAGAUAAGAGAACCAAAUCUCUCUUAAUUAAUGGUUAAGAGUGAGGACUCUGCGGUUAAGACAUGGAUUUGAAUCAAUCAUUUAUUGUCUGUGUGACCUUGGGCAUAUCUACUAACUUUUUCUGAGUGUCAGUAGUUUGUGUUUGUUUGUUUAUAUAAUGUUUCAUUCAGUAAUAAACAAGUAUCUUUUGAAUAUCUAUUUGUGAAGUUAAUGGUGAAAAAGAUAAACAUCAUCUCUGCUCACAAACAUUCCACCAGACCACACAUCUCUACAAACUAUGAACACAGGAAUGUUAACACUAAACUACCCACCUGGAGGAAAACUUAGGUGUAAGAUCAUUAAAAUCUGAGAAAUUUAAGUAAAAGUGUUAUAUUUGAUUUUGCGUACUUGAUUUAUGUUUGCAUUACAUUAGGAAAGUGCUCGCUUUGGCAGCACAUAUACAUUACAUUAGGAAAGAUUUGCUCUAAUUACUAUUUAGCAGCUUGCCCCCCGCCUAUGUAUGCCAUGUGACUUUCAGGGUCCUCCUUUUAGGAUAAUGUAAAUAUCUUGUCCUUGAUGGGGAUUAACUGUACAGCCAUGGAAAUACCAUUAACAAUCAGAAAAAGAAACUUUAUCACAGAUUUGGCAAAGUUAACUUAUUCCUUUUAGCUUUCAGAAAUCUUUCAUAAAAGUAGAUAACAAAGAAUCUAAUGUAUGAUCUUGUUGUGCGUGGGUGGUUAUACAUUGAGAUAUCUGACACCCAGUUGUUAGAAGAUCAGAAAAAUGCAAAGCCCAACUGAAAGGCUAAUUGUGUUUGGUGUCACCUGCGGCAGGGCUGUAGAAGAGGCACGCUGUGUGGGAAGAACACUCCUUCUGAAGGCUGAGAGCCAUUCAUUUUGCAGCAUGUCCAAACAAAAUGUAUAGAGAAGAAUAAAUUCGUUCCACUUUCCUUACCUUCAUUAACUUAAUAACUCAUUCAUCAAAAGAUCUUUUAAAAUAUAUAAGAGGAAAAUAAUUUAUUUAUAUACUAUUUCAACAUACCUUCCUCUGGUUCUAGUACAAAGAAAGAGCAAAGAGACGCUUGACAUUAAAUUGAUUCAGUGAUUCUCAAACCUUCCUCUUACUACCUCAUUUCCCUGGACUUAACUGCUACAUUGAGCUUUCAGGAGCCGUUAUCAACUGGGCACAUGGAUCCCAGUCCUUUAAAUUCAGCUCGCCUGAAAGGAAAAAAAAAGAAGGGUGUAAAGGGGGAUGUAGAAAAAGCUAUCUCGCCAAUUCCAAAUACUCAUGGGUGACUGCCCUCAUCGGCACACUGACCUUGAAGCUUCAUUGUUGCUGUAUUUCUAAGCCUUCCAGAAACCUGUGGCCACAGAUGAAUCUGAAAGAAAACUUGGGUAACGAUUUGGUAUUGAUUCUGAGAUGAUGUGUUUAUAAUACUUUAUAUUUGAUACGUGAAAACAUGGUUGCCUAAUAAAUUUGUAAGCUAUAAAAAUUCAUUUUUCCCCAUUGUGAAUCGUGAGUAAAACCAAGGGCUACCAGAUCACAGGGCUCUUCUAGGAAAAGAAACAAAGGGGAUGAAAAAUCCUAUUUGAUUAUAUAGUAACUGAAUAUUUUUUGAUAGAUUCUGUGUCCAACACUUUAAAUGUGAUUAGCCUUUACUUGAUAGUAUGAGACCAAAAUAAUUAUUACAUUUUUACAGAUAAGAAAGUAAGGCUUGGAGAAGUCAAAUAGCUUGUACAACCUCACGUGACAAUUAGUGUGAUUCAUACCAAAGGUCUGUGCUCUUUCUUAACUACUGCCCUAAACUGUCUUCCCUAUUUAAGAACUCCAGGCUUUUGUUUCUUUUUCUAAAGAUUUUAUUGACUUAUUUAUUUGAGAGAGAGAGAGAGAGAGAGAGAGAGAGGGAGAGGAGGAGGAGCAGAGGGAGAGGGACAAGCAGAUUCCAUGCUGAAUAUGGAGCCCAACUCAGGGCUCGAUCCCACAACCCUGAGAUCACGACCUGAGCCAGAAUCAAGAGUCUGACGUUCAACUGACUGAAACACCCAGGCGCCCUGCUUAUUUUUAAUAAGCACAAACCACUUUGCAUUUCCCUGAAUCAUUAGAUCUAUGGGGUGGGAGCAGUGGAGUUCUCCCAGCAAAGUCCCUUGCAAAAAGGAAAGAGUAUCAAUCCCACUCCAUAGAGGGAGGAAGAGCCACUGCUGCUGGCCACAGCAAAUGUGUCUCACCUUUAGAAACUCUGCUGUGUGUCAGAGAGGAGGAAAUAUCAGUGUGGACAGAUUUAGUGAUCUACCAGUCAAGACUUUGAGAACUAACAGUUGACGUGCAUGGAUGGGUCUUUAUCCUAUCUCUGUGUGAAGUCACUUCACUUCCUAGAAUAUCCGCAAAAUUAAGGAAUGUAUUAGCUGGCUGUUAAAGUAUUUUCUACCUCUAAAAGGAUGUGAGUCUAUGAGACAUUGCAUUCAAAUUAUAGAUCACCUUACCUUUACCCCAAUUCCCAUCUUAGACCAUGUGAUUUCCCUUCUAAUGCUCAGUUCAGCCUGUAUUGUUUCUUUCUUCAUGAAAACAUGCAGACUCAGGAGAGAACUAGAAUAGUGAAUACACAUGUGUCCACGCCACUUUCAAAUACAAGACUUCAGAGAAACUGUGAUGUUCUUCCAAGUUAGUCUUUGUUGAAGUCUCUUAAUCCACAAAAUAAAAUUCUAAGCAGAAACCUCAAAAACCUUGCUGUUAGGAAGAAGUUUUAAGCAAGGCCUGUUGUUACUGUAAUGCUUACUGACAUUUUGAUGACAAGAAAUGCCAUGAUAUACUUUGUAAAUCCAGCAUAAAUGUACUAAUCUAUUUCUUGAGUAUCACUUGAGGUUUCUAUGUCAGUUUUUCAGUGGUCAUUGGGUAAACGUUAAGCCAGUUUCUUACUAGUGUAUAUUUAACUUAGUUUAUAUGAGUGUUCUAUCAGGCGAACAGGGGGUUAUUCUAAGUCUUUGUACUUUUGUGCAAACAAUGCAUGCCACAGACUAUUUGUAAUCACUACUAUUUCUCCUCAAAUAACAAAGACACCUUACAUCUAAGGAGCUUUAAUACUGUUGUAGCUUCAAAGUCCUUUGAUAAAAAUAUUGCAAAAAAAAAGAAAUAAUUAAAAUAUUAUUGAAUUCUCCAGAACCCGUAGCACCCAACAUAGCACUGCUAUUCCCAGAUUGUCUUAUGGCUCCAUAUACAACCAGUUCAGCCAUUUUUGAUUGACAUGGUGAGUCAUUUCAUUGAAACAACCCGUCAGUUUCAUCUUCUGCAACAGUCCAACCAAUUUAACUGAAUUGCCAGGGGUUUGAAACAACCAAGCAAUCAACUCAAGCAAAGCAAUUAAAGUGAUUUUACCUGUAGGCAGAGUCUAAGUGAUUGAUAUAAAGUUCCAUAAGUUGAUAGGUUUUAUCCACACAAAAAUUAUGUUUUCCUUAUUAUAAAAUAUUCCCAUUUCUCUACUAUGUUUUUACUUGUAUAUUCUUCUAAAAUUAAGUUUACAUGGAAACAUCCUGAAUUUUUAAAAAAGAAAUGUAAAAUGAAUAAUUUCUAGAUUUAUCUCUAUAAUCUUUUAAGAGCAUUAAGUUGGCAGUAAAAAAUAAAAUUAACACAUGGCACUUUAAGAACUGUAGCUAAUCAAGAAUAGAAUGAAAAAUAUUAAUUUCAAAAAGCAAUUUUUAAAAAGAUAAAGUACAAAACAUUUACUGAAAGCUAUGCCCAUUCGAUGACAAUAACAAUUCUGGCGAAAGCCAUCUUUUUUUUCUUUUUGUAUGAAUUAUUGCACAGAGAAAUAUUUGAGUUUCCAUGAUUGUAUGGACAUUAUAACUGCUUAUUCACUAGUCAGAAUGCUGAGCCUUGCAGCUUGUCAUUUAAGAUCUGAAUGAAUACACUUAGGUAUGUCCACUUCCAACUGAGGUGGAGUAACUGAGAACAGAACUUCCACUGAAGCUGAAAAAAGAAACAAAUGUACAAAACAUAUGGAGUAAGAGUUAUCAAGACGCUAGCAUCAAGGAACAUAAGACAGUGAUCCUGAAAGGUGGAGGAAAAUGAUGUGCACCCUAUGAUUUCCUGAGCUUACUGCCUUGAGAGAGUUUCUAGGUCAUAGAAUAUGGAGGCAGAACCCAGCCAGAGUCUGACCAACGCCCUGAGUUGAAGAGACAGAGCUGAGGGUUUGAGGACAAAAAGAUGCUAGAGUUUGCCUCUGCAAGGUACUAGAGAGGAGAGAGUUGCACAGAAUGGUAACUCCAGAGAUCGGAGCAGGACUCUUCAUGGCUUUAGCAUAGUGUCGAUGAGUGCAUGGUGUGGGGAAACUACCCAAGGCCAGGGAAAGAACCACCUGAAUGACGUCGAGGUGACAGUGCCUGGCAGUGACCACGGACCUGAAAAUAGCCCCUUCCCCAUGAUUCACAGGGCAUAACGUGGAGCUCGCUGAAGUGUCUUUAUCAAUAAUAGGAAAUAAGUAGUUUUAAACACUUUUCUAGGGCGCCUGGGUGGCUCAGUUGGUUAAGCGACUGCCUUCGGCCCAGGUCAUGAUCCUGGAGUCCCGGGAUCGAGUCCCACAUCGGGCUCCCUGCUCGGCAGGGAGUCUGCUUCUCCCUCUGACCCUCCCCCCUCUCAUGCUCCCUGUCUCUCAUUCUCUCUGUCUCAAAAAAAAAAAAAAAAUCUUUAAACACUUUUCUAGUCUUGCCUAACAAAUCUUAAAAGCAAGUUCAAACAGUAUCCAA